UGUUAACCGUAUCAUCGUCCAUCAUUGAAUAACAAACAUCAUGUUGUAACGAUUUUCAUUAAAUAAGACGAUGUUUUCCCAAAUUCCUUAAGUUCGAUCAUUGAAUUGUUAUAUAACAGUUCCAAAAUUUAUUUUGAGUUUCGUUGUUGUAAACACACAGUUUACUAGCUAUACAACUCUCUAUAAAUACACAGUUCAUUUUUCUGUAAAUAUGCUCUUUAUUUAGCUGCACUUGACAUACACGUAGAAGUUGCCUCUGCCGAGUUGCAGACUCAACUAAAUAUGCUGGUUUGUUGACCUCCGCUCUUAUAUACCUAACGAUUUCUCGCUAACAUCUCUCGAAGGCUCUUCUUUGAUUGUUUCAAUAGCGCAUAUUCCACAUACGGGCCAAGGAACAUGCUUUAGUCAUCGGCCUCUGCUUCUCACAACACUUUCGUGGUGGCAUUUUCGCCACAAUAUUAUAUUGAUUUUUUUUAGUAGUCAGUCUGCUUUACAUUUUCAUGAACACAACAAAUUCUGCACAAUCGAUUGUAAUUUUUCACAAAAAAAUAGUGCCAAAUUCACAUAUGGUCAAGGAGUGUAGCAUAAUUUAAGGCUGUUUAACCCCCUAAACCCAAACCUCAAGUAACUCACGGGUACCAUAUUGCACACACACAUAUUCACAAAUCCUUAUCAGCGCGGUUACUUGCCGGAAACGAGUUCCCAUUAAGUGCAUACACCUAUAUUCUUUCAAAGUUCGACCAACGUUUACCAUCAGCGUUAGCAAAAUAGGGCUCGCCGACACUGCCGUAUUGGACAUUAUGGCUGCAAAUCUACAGCAGCAACGCUUUAUCAACGAACAGCUGCGGCGAGAGGUCAAUGUGCCGCGCAUACAAACAUCAAAGGCCAGCAUGUUGUUGAUCAAAUAUAUGACGGACCAUGAGCCAGAAGAUUACCUGAUAAUGGGAUUCGCUAGUAAAAAGGCUGCAAAUUAAGAAAGCUGCAUCAAUGAAGUAUACUUUAUAUAAAAUAAAAAAAGUAAAUUGUUCCUAGAAUAUACAUGUAUGUAUGUGUGUAAGUAGUUGAAUGUUAUGAAAAUAUGAAAUUUAUGUAAAUAUCUAAUUAUGUACUUAGCCUCAGUGUUGUGCUGAAAGCAAACUAAAUGAAACUUUUUAUAAAACAUAUUAUACAUUCUAACUAACCUCAAUUCACUGGCAACUAAGAACUAUAACGCAUUGAAGCGAAAACCGUAAAUGAAUAAUUGUUAAAGAUUAACUAACGAUCUAUGUACUUAUAAGCCUAACCAUAAAACAUGGAAAUAUUGAAUACAAAAAUUCACAAUGGUUUAAGGAUUCAGCUAAUGCAUGCGCCUAAAAGCGUGCACCCUAAAAAAACAAAUUGCUAUGGAAAACCUUAUACAAAAUAAAAACUUGAAAAAUUGGCUAACAAAAGUAUAACAGUACAAUUACAAGAAUGUAG